CUCUUCUUUGCCUCCGGCUGGGCCCGGCCGCUGAGAUCUUCGGACAGCAGCCUGGGAAGUGACAGUUGCGGCGGCCUCUCCGUCCGCGACCGUGACCAUGGCCGAGAACCCCGCCGAGCAGAAAGCCAAACUCAUCGCCGAGAUCCGGCGGAGGUUCGAAGCCGAGUAUGUGACAGAUAAGCCAGAUAAAUAUGAUCCACGUGAUGUCGAAAGGCUGCAACAAGAUGAUAACUGGGUUGAAAGUUACUUAUCUUGGCGACAGAAUGCUAUAGAUGAAACACUGAAGAUGAUUGAUGAGAGUUUUCAGUGGAGGAAAGAAAUGGCUGUCAACGACCUGAGUGAAUCCUCCAUUCCCAGAUGGUUAUUGGAAAUUGGUGGCAUUUAUCUCCAUGGUUAUGACAAGGAAGGCAACAAGCUGUUCUGGAUCAGGGUGAAGUAUCAUGUAAAAGACCACAAAACCAUAUUGGACAAAAAGAAGCUUAUAGCAUUCUGGUUGGAGCGUUAUGCUAAGAGAGAAAAUGGGAAGCCUGUAACAGUGAUGUUUGACUUGUCAGAAACUGGAAUAAAUAGCAUAGACAUGGACUUUAUACGCUUUAUCAUCAACUGCUUUAAGGUUUAUUAUCCUAAAUACAUCUCAAAAAUAGUGGUCUUUGAUAUGCCUUGGAUAAUGAAUGCUGCUUUCAGAAUUGUGAAAACCUGGCUUGGUCCAGAAGCAGUGAGUUUAUUGAAGUUUACAAGUAAACAUGAAGUCCAGGACUAUGUCAGUGUAGAAUACCUGCCUCCCCACAUGGGUGGAACUGAUCCCUUUAAGUAUAACUACCCACCACUAGUAGAUGAUGACUUCCAGACACCAUUGUGUGAAAAUGGGCCUAUUGCCAGUGAGGAUGAAGCUUCAAGUAAAGAAGAUAUAGAAAGUGAUGCUAAAGAAACCUUGGAAACAAUGUCUAGUGAAGAACAAACAGCUCUUCCCAAAAAGAUGAACCUAACUGAAUCUACUUCCAAUAUUUCCAAAACAGAAGAAAAUGAAAAAGUGGAUUCCAAACUGAAAACUUUCAAGAAACCACUGAGUGUGUUUAAAGGGCACUUGUUACACAUCAGCCCAGCAGAAGAACUGUAUUUUGGAAGUACAGACUCUGGAGAGAAGAAAACUUUAAUAGUAUUGACAAAUGUAACUAAAAAUAUAGUGGCGUUUAAGGUGAGAACAACUGCACCAGAAAAAUACAGAGUCAAGCCCAGCAACAGCAGUUGUGACCCUGGCGCAUCAGUUGAUAUUGUUGUGUCUCCCCAUGGGGGUUUAACAGUCUCUGCCCAAGACCGUUUCCUGAUAAUGGCUGCAGAAAUGGAACACUCAUCUGGCACAGGCACCGCAGAAUUGACUCAAUUCUGGAAAGAAGUUCCCAGGAACAAAGUGAUGGAGCACAGGUUAAGAUGCCACAUCGUUGAGAGCAGUAAACCAACUAGUCUUACAUUUAAAGACCAUGCUUUUAACAUAUCGGAGAAAACCAGUGAAGAUAUAGCUCUACAACUCAAUCGUUUACUAGAAAGCAAUAGGAAGCUUGAAGACCAAGUCCAGCGUUGUAUCUGGUUCCAGCAGCUGCUGCUUUCCUUAACAGUGCUCUCGCUUGCUUUUGUCGUGUCUUUCUUCUACCUGUUGUACAGUUAAAGACGUGCCCUGUAGGACACACGGCUCCUCGCUGAUUAGUUGGAAAAAGUAACAGACCCCAAACUUCACCACCACGCUCCUAACAGUGCUGCACAUCCGUGCUCCUGAAGGGAGAGGUGAGGCACUUAGGGGGCACAGACACAGGUCUUGAAAAUAAACCGUUAGGAUAAGGAAAUGCCGAAGAAAUUGAUUAUAAGAGACUCUCUAGUUAGUAAAGUAAGUAAAGGCAUAUUUGUUAUAUAAUUUAAUUUAUUUUUUCCUUUUGAUUUGAAUACCUUUAAAGCUUAAGCUUUAUAAUGUAUAUAUGUUAGCUGAACUGAAAUGUGUAAGUAACAUGCUUUAUUGCAGCCGAAAUGUCAUCUGUUUUUUUUUUUUUUUUUUUUUGGACAAAUUAUAGCUGAGCCAACUUAGUAGCUUUUCUAUACUAUGUAAAUAGAGAACAUGUAUAUUGAGACAAAGAGUAAUUUAUGUAAUCAUGACUUUGUAAUUUUGAGAAUUAUUUCCAGGUGAUAGUUAAUAUUCCUUGGGAAUGUAAAACUAAUGCCAAACCACCUUUAGCCUUUGUUUCUUAUCUGUACUCCUUAAUAGCCUGCCUUUUAUUAAUCUUGAACUUUUUUAUGAACACUCAUUUAGGAAGAAUUUGGAAAGCUAAGUUUGGUUGGGAUUUUUCUUUGAAGUCUGUUAGUAAUGUCCAGAAGGAAAAUCUCUUUGAUCCCACCUUCCAGCCUUGUAUGCCAUUUCAUUUCGCUCACUGAGGCUGGAUACUGACCCUUUGGCUUCAUUUAUUACAAAGGCCUGAUGUGCUAUAGAAGCCUGAUUCCCCAUCGCUCCAUCCCCACCGGGUUUUCUACAGGGAAGGAGCUAGAUAAAAUUUCUUGAAAAGUUAGUGGUUGCGAUACAUAGCAACAGAGUUUACAUUUCAGUUCCUGGUUAAAAAUCAGCCAUGAGGAGGAAACUGGACAAAAAACUGGAAUAUCUAGAAGGGAUGGGGGGAAAGUCGAACCAAAGGUCUCGUCCCCAUGUAGAAGUGAAAGAUAGAACUCAUGACGACCUGUGAAACCUGCAGACCAGGAGUCUUUGUCUUGCUUGAUACUCUCUCUGCCUUUGUCAAAAUAGCACUUAGGAUGCUUUCUCCAUGCCUAAAAUGCUAGACCUGCAGGACCACAGGCUAAUGAAACUAGUGUUUUCUCACUAAUAUGAACGGUUCAGCCCAUCCAUGUUGGUUCACAUGUAUAUCUACUUUUUCUGAAAGGAAAAAUAGUCUGGCUGUAAAAUAAAUUUUGAGUUUUGAUUGAGCUAUGUUUGGAGAUUUUUUUUAUUAUCCUUGAGUGUAGUGUUGGCGGCUUUCAUCUUUAAAAGUUGAUGAUUCGAAACCUGAGUUGUGAAGAAUGAUUUCAUAGCAUUCCUUCAAAACUGGCCUAGGACGUAAAACCUUAAAAGGACACUGGUCUGAUACUUUGUCUUAAUUUGGGUUUUUCUGUUUCAGUUUGCCAACUCCAGACGUGAAAAUGACUGCAGUCCGCCCUGAG